GAACCUACACAUGUGUAAUUUACAUGUUACAUCAGUCUCUUGUCACUUUUUAACCAGAAAAUGAGCAGAGUCCGCAGGGACCGUAUCAGCGGCUCUCAGCAGCGGUCAUGUCUCUCAGAGAACGACUGUUGUUUCUGCUCGGUUGUGUUUCUUGGGCUGCCGGUGGAGCGGCGGACUCCUCGUACAUCGCUGCCGUGUACGAGCACCGGGUGGUCCUGAACCCGGAGCCCCGGGUCCCCCUGUCCCGCCGCGAUGCCCUGCAGCUCCUGGAGCGGAACCUGGAGAUCUACGAGCAGCAGGCUGCACGAGCUGCGCUGCAGGGCGCACAGAUCCUGGUAUUUCCUGAAGAUGGUCUGCACGGUUUCAACUACACUCGUUCGUCCAUCUCUGGCUUCCUGGAAACCAUCCCCGACCCGCAGCGGGAGAGCUGGAAUCCCUGCACGCAGCCGGGCAGAUACAAUAACACUGAGGUUCUCCAGCGGCUGAGCUGCAUGGCCCGCCGUCACAACCUUUACCUGGUGGCCAACAUGCCCGACCUGCAGCCCUGUCCCCUGCCGACGGCGCCCUCCGCCCCCUGUCCCGCUGAUGGACACUGGCAGUUCAACACCAACGUGGUUUUCAGCUCAGACGGCCUGCUGGUGGCGCGCUACCAUAAAAAUAACCUCUACUUCGAGGACGCCUUUGACACGCCGCCACAGACUGAAGUCAUAACGUUCGACACGCCUUUCGCCGGGACGUUUGGCCUCAUCAUCUGCUUCGACAUCCUGUUCCAUGACCCCACGAUCACCCUGGUGGAGAGGGGCGUUCGUCAGCUGAUCUUCCCCGCAGCCUGGAUGAACCAGCUCCCCCUGCUGGAUUUGAUCCAGUUCCAGCGCGCCUUCAGUCUGGGCCACAACGUUACCCUGCUGGGCGUCAACAUUCGUAGCGACCCGCUCAUCAUGACGGGAAGCGGCAUCUACACCCCCUUCUCUGCCACCUACCACCACGCCGCCAAAGGCGACCCAGAGGAGGGGCGGCUGAUCGUGGCCAGGGUGCCACGGUUAGACCCCCUGUGGGAGGGAGGGGCGAGACCAGGCGUAGCCGUGGACGCUCCGGAGACUGGAUGCUGCCGCGCAGAUGGCUGCGACGAGCCGUCCGCCGUCCCCGCUUCCCUCCGGGACCCCUCCUUCACCUCGUCCAUGAUGCACGACCCGUUUAAGUUUGUCCUCCUGGAGGAGACGGAGGGCAGACUCGAAGUCUGCGACGGCGCUUUUUGCUGCCGCCUGCAGUACAGGCAGCUGCCGCAGAGCGGCAGCACCGAGCUCUACGCUCUCGGCGCUUUCGCCGGAACGCACGUCGUUAACGGGCGCUACGCCGUGCAGGUGUGUGCGCUGGUCCGCUGUGCACGGACGGAGCCCGGCACCUGCGGGCAGGAGGUGGAAGAAGCCCGGACCAAGAUGGACUUUGUGCUGGAGGGAACCUUUCAGACCAGAUACGUCUACCCAUCAGUCUUAGCCAGCCGGAUGGUUCUGGAGCAGCCAGAGCGCCUGGAGAGAACCGCGGAGGGAAGAGUGACCAUGAAGCACUCGAACAUGACGGGCGGCCUGGUCACUGCCUGUCUGUACGGCCGGAUGUACCACCUGGACAACGAGUGAAGGACAUGGGAGGUUUGGAUCCAGAACAAAUGAAAGAUCAACACGAACAAAGCGAAAGUACAGCCUGAUUAAAUU